AUGUCCUGGGAUCAAGUCAAAUUCACUCUCCCUGCACGCUCCAAGGGUUCGUAUCUCAUCACUGACGAGGUGUUGCGUAACGUUCCGCAGAUCAAAGAUUACAAGGUUGGACUCUUACACUUGUUUCUUCAGCAUACAUCAGCAGGGUUGACUCUUAACGAAAACUGUGAUCCAGAUGUCCGCGUGGAUAUGACUGCUUCGCUCGAUAGAAUGGUCCCAGAGGGAGACUUCUACAUCCACGCAGAUGAGGGUCCAGAUGACAUGCCUGGCCAUGUUAAGAGUUCCACCGUUGGUGUGAGUCUCUCCAUCCCAAUUCUGAACGGACGACUUGCUGUUGGAACGUGGCAGGGUGUGUACUUGUGCGAGUUCAGAAAGUACAUGCACCGCAGAACAAUUGUGGCCACCAUCCAGGGAAUGAAGAAGUGA